CAGAUCCAGCAGGUGUUGAAGCCGGACGGCGUGUUCAUCGGGGCGAUGGUGGGCGGCGAGACGCUGUACGAGCUGCGCUGCUCCCUCCAGCUCGCCGAGACGGAGAGGGAGGGGGGGUUCUCCCCCCACGUCUCCCCCUACACCGCCGUCACCGACCUGGGCAACCUGCUGGGCCGGGCCGGCUUCAACAUGCUCACUGUGGACGUCGAUGAAGUCCAAGUUAACUAUCCAGGAAUCAUUGAAGUCAUGACCGACCUACAAGGUACAAACUGCUCUGUGUCAACAUGUGACUCCGUUAAAGUGUCUUAA